AUGAGGCCGUGGAGGCCGGGGCCGAGGUUGUGGACUUCGGCGGAUUCGGGAGAGAGUGUGGCGCCUAGUGUGGCGACUGCGUCGGUGACCCAGUCGGUAUCCGUGGCGAGUGAGGCCAGUGUGGAUGCGAGUGUUGGUUUGGGAGCGGGGGCUGCUCCGGGUUGGGGUGGUGCUCCGGCUCAGGGUCUUGAUGACUUAGUGGUGGGUUUGCUGACGCAGUUAUUGGCUCGUUUUCCGCCAGUGGUUCCACAGGGGCUCCGGGAGUACCUCCAGUGGCAGAGGUGCAGCAGAGGGCUGCGGGUUUGUUCAGCCGCAGGCUGUGGGUUUGAUGGUGCCGCCUAUUUGGAUAUGAUGGGGCACAUGCAGAGGAUUGGUACGCCGUACUUUGAGGGCGGAGUUAGCCAGAGGCGGCAGAUGAGUGGCGUCAGAGAUUGGAGCGGAAUUUCCAGUCUAUCAGAUUUUGGUUUAGUACCAGUUUUGGAGGUUCUCAACGCAAUUGAAUGUGUAGGGACCUUGUUAGUGGGCGGUUUUGAGUCCCACGUUUUAUUCGACUCUGGAGCAUCGAAUUGCUUCAUUACACCGGAGCGUGCCGAGAAGAGUGGCAUCCGGAGUAGCGCGGGCGAGAGCGCGGGCAUGGUCAAGGUGGCGGGAGGUGGAUUCUUGUCUACUUUGGGCCGUGCUAGAGGAGUCGAGAUCGAGAUUGCGGGGCAGUCAAUGCCAGCAGACUUAGUCAUCAGUCCGGUGGAGCUGUAUGACGUUAUUCUCGGGAUGGACUGGUUGUCACACUACAGAGUUCAUCUGGAUUGCUACAGAGGUAGAGUGGUCUUCGAGCGAGAUGCAGGGAGGUUGGUUUAUCAGGGAGUGAGACCGACUUCCGGGAGUAUUGUGAUAUCUGCUAUUCAGGCCGAGCAGUUGUUAGAGCGGGGCUGUGAGGCGUAUCUGGCGACGAUUUCUAUGUCUGAGUCAGGAGCUGGAGUUGUUAUGGGAGAUAUUGAGGUUGUCCAGGAUUUUGAGGAUGUCUUUCAGUCACUGAAGGGAUUACCACCAUCUCGGUCUGAUCCUUUCACGAUUGAGUUAGAGCCGGGGACAGCACCGAUAUCGAAGACGCCUUACAGGAUGGCGCCAGCUGAGUUGGCAGAGCUGAAGAAGCAGAUAGAGGACCUUUUGUCUAAGGGGUUCAUUCGACCGAGUGUUUCACCGUGGGGAGCACCGGUGUUGUUUGUGAAGAAGAAGGAUGGGAGUUUCAGACUUUGUAUCGAUUACAGAGGUCUUAACCGAGUCACUGUGAAGAACAGGUACCCACUCCCGAGGAUUGAUGAGUUGUUGGAUCAGUUGAGGGGUGCUACUUGGUUCUCCAAGAUUGACUUGGCAUCGGGGUAUCAUCAGAUCCCGAUAGAUGAGGCAGAUGUCAGGAAGACUGCUUUCAGGACGCGUUAUGGGCAUUUUGAGUUUGUGGUUAUGCCUUUCGGUUUGACUAACGCGCCGGCAGCCUUCAUGAGAUUGAUGAACGACGAGGAGCAUGCGACUCACUUGAGGUUGGUUCUGGAGAAGCUUCGGGAGCAGAAGCUUUUUGCUAAGUUGAGCAAGUGCAGUUUCUGGCAGCGAGAGAUGGGAUUUCUUGGCCACAUUGUUUCUGCAGAGGGAGUUUCUGUGGAUCCGGCUAAGAUUGAGGCUAUCAGAGAUUGGCCUAGACCUAGUAGUGCCACCGAGAUCAGGAGUUUUCUGGGUUUGGCAGGAUACUACAGGAGGUUCGUCAAGGGGUUUGCUACCAUGGCGCAGCCGAUGACGAAGUUGACCGGGAAGGAUGUCCCGUUUGUUUGGUCAGCUGAGUGUGAGGAGAGCUUUAGUCAGCUCAAGGAGAUGUUGACUACUACACCAGUGUUGGCGUUACCCGAGCCAGGGAAGCCUUACAUGGUGUAUACAGAUGCUUCAGGCAUUGGUCUUGGUUGUGUGCUGAUGCAGGAGGGCAGAGUGAUAGCAUAUGCUUCGAGACAGUGGCAGGGCAGUGAGCGUAACCGUCCUACACAUGACUUAGAGUUGGGAGCAGUGAUCUUCGCGUUGAAGAUUUGGAGGUCUUACUUGCUAGGUGAGACAGUACAGGUCUUCACGGAUCACAAGAGUUUGCAGCAUAUCUUCACUCAGCCGAUGAUGAACGCGAGACAGACGCGCUGGGUUGAGUUCUUGGCGGACUAUCAGGUGAGCAUUAACUACCAUCCGGGCAAGGCUAACCUAGUGGCGGACGCGUUGAGUAGACGGAGGUAUGAUUCCGCAGUUGAGCGAGAUGUGGAGUCUCUAGUUGGCGAGAUCAGUACCUUGCGUUUGUGUGCCAUUUCGCAGGAGCCUUUGGGUUUAGAGGCAGUGGAUCAGGCGGAUCUACUUAGCAGGAUCAGAGUUGCUCAGCAGAGUGAUCAGAGUUUGCUGGAUGCGACUAGAGUGACUGGUUCUGAGUAUGAGGUCUCUGCGAAUGGGACUAUCUUGGUUCGUGGGCGAGUUUGUGUGCCUAAGGAUGUGGAGUUGAGACAUCAGAUUUUGGGAGAGGCUCAUGCGAGCAAGUUUUCCAUUCAUCCAGGAGCGACCAAGAUGUACCAUGACCUCAAGAGGUACUAUCAUUGGGUCGGGAUGAAGAGGGAUGUAGCAGACUGGGUUGCGAAGUGCAACACUUGUGCCUUGGUGAAGGCAGAGCAUCAGGUUCCGGGUGGUCUUUUGCAGAGUUUACCCAUUCCAGAGUGGAAGUGGGACAGGAUUACGAUGGAUUUCGUGGUUGGACUACCUGUUUCGAGGACUUUCGAUGCUAUCUGGGUGAUUGUGGAUCGGUUGACUAAGUCCGCACAUUUCUUGGCCAUCAAGAAGACAGAUGGAGCUGCUGUCUUGGCUAGGAAGUUUGUGCGAGAGAUUGUGAGGCUGCAUGGAGUGCCAGCUAGUAUUGUGUCAGACCGUGAUCCCAGAUUCACUUCAGAGUUUUGGAGAGCGUUUCAGGCAGAGAUGGGCACUAAGGUGCAUCUGAGUACAGCUUAUCAUCCGCAGACAGAUGGUCAGUCAGAGAGGACUAUUCAGACUUUGGAGGAUUUGCUGAGGAUGUGUGUGUUGGAUUGGGGUGGCCAUUGGGCAGAUCACCUGAGCUUAGUUGAGUUUGCAUACAACAACAGCUUUCAGGCGAGUAUUGGCAUGGCUCCAUUUGAGGCUUUGUAUGGGAGGCCAUGUAGGACACCCCUAUGCUGGACCCAAGUGGGGGAGCGCAGCAUGUAUGGAGCUACUUAUGUUCAGGAGACGACAGAGAAGGUUCGUGUUGUGAGGCUGAACAUGAAGGAGGCUCAGGAUAGGCAGAAGAGUUAUGCAGAUAGACGCAGACGAGAGCUUGAGUUUCAGGUGGAGAUAGAGUUUAUCUCAAGAUGGCUAUGUUGA